CGCAAAAAAUGGUUAAAAGUAGUUCUGCCCUAAAUUUCCGCCCUGCUGUCGAAUCCAAAACAGGCGAAAAAAAGGGAACAAAACCUCUUCCUGACCCGACGUCGAUUCAACAAGUAUUGUUGUUAAUGGUAGUACACUUGUGUCGGAAGAUUUUGUUUAUCGAUCCCAAUAUCAAAGUUGGAAUAUAUAUUAUGCUUGUUUUUUUUGGAAGUAUAUUGGGUGAUAUCUUACCUAUUCCUAAUUCUUAUUUUUCCCGGAAAGAUAACAUUUUCAACAUUUAUUUUGUAAAGUUAAGCUGGGGUUGGACAAUGGCAUGUGUUGGUUCCUUUGUGUACCUGACAAGUUCUGUGUACUCAUGUGGUGAUAAAACUAAAAUUCGAAAACAUAUGCUACGAUUACUUGCAACAUUUAUGUGGUUCUUUUGGACCAAAUUAUUUGUAACACUUGAAGAAAGCUAUGGUUAUUGCAGUAAACCUAUUGUCCGGUCGUCUAAUAGCCGUAAACAAUGCCUUUCAAAGGGUCUUUCAUGGAACAGUUUUUCCCUAUCAGGGCAUACAUUCAUUUUAAUUUACUGUGCCCUGAUUAUUAUGGAAGAAGCAAAGGCAUUAGUUAGUUGGGAGUCCAUCAAAGAUCAUUUGCGAAAUGAAGAUCACAACAGAAGUAGCGAGGAAAGCGGAUCUGCAACCCCAUUGGAUUGUCUGAGUGCCGAACAACUUCUAUUUGUUCGGAACAAGUAUGAAAAGUUUACUCCGUAUAUUAGAUUGUCGUUUAUCGCAAUGGCCAUGUUGGCAUUACUUUGGGACAUCAUGCUUAUGGCAACGAUCAUCUACUUCCAUUCAACUCCAGAAAAAUUUGUCGCGAGUGUAAUUGCAGUCCUAUUAUGGUUCUUCAGCUAUCGCUUUCUUUUCAAUCGUCGGUUGUUGGGAGUACCUCUUCCAGGUGAAGGGACAUUUCGCUACAUGAAUCCCACUCAACCUCUACAGAUGUUGUACGCGCGGCGAACGUCAUUGAUUACAAAAUCUGAAAAAACUUCAAGCUUCAUGGGCAUGCCACUUAGCACCCCAAAAGUGGGAGUAGAUGUCAGUACUGUUAAAUCUGCUUCUUUUCUUGAAACCUCACGAGCAGCUCCUCGUUAAACAAUAUUCAGAACGACCCCGAGAUCUUAAAAGGUUCAAGCCUGUAUUAUUAGCCAUGUACUGGCCAUUACUCUCUUGCAUUAACAAAAGUGUUAUUUUUGUGUUUUCUAAAUGGAAAAAAAAAAAGAAAUUGAUUUUCUGUCAUAAGUAAGAAGCAGUUGAGAUUUAGAUUGAUAAGCCCUCGUGUUCCUUUACAAUAAAUAAUUUGCAUGCUUAAGUGUCGUAGAAAUAGCAAAUUCGUUCAGAAUUUAUUUUCGGACGUAACUUUUCCCCUCUGAGUGAGGUAGCAGAUGAAAUUGAAAUAAAUAUGAAUGAGUAAGAUUGCUCGUCAAUA